AAUCCGCUGACUAUCGUGAUUGUGGUUUCAGACAUGGCGAAGGAGGCGACUUCGAGGAAACUCGUAGAUCUUUUGAAGAAGGAACUUAAAUACAAAAAAUGUGAAUCUUUAGGCUUUGCAAGUGGUGGCUGUAUUAGUGAGGGAAAAAGUUUUGACACUGACAAUGGAAAGAUUUUUGUCAAAGUGAAUACCAAGUCGGAGGUAUUGGUUCGUAAACAAUGAUUCAGGGAAUCACCCUUCCUGAAGCUUACGAUCAAAAUAAAUAUUUCAACAGAUCGAUAUUUAUUUAUGCUUUCUUUCAGGCGGGAGAAAUGUUUGAAGGUGAAUUCCAGAGCCUUGAGGAAAUUUAUGGGACGGAUACUUUGCGAGUACCUAGGCCAAUAAAGGUUAUUUUUUACAUGAGCAAGAUUGAUCCCUAUUAAUUUUUUAAGUCGAUUUUACGUUGUUUCUGUAACAAAUCGCACCAUGUAUUUUAAUUUCAUUAAUUUUAUCUAAACAUUUAUUAUUUAAUUAAUUUUUCCCCUUGUGAAAUUUUGAUAUUGACCAAAACCUGCUUUAGGCAUUUAAAUUGAGCAGUUUCAAAAUUGAUGUCACAAAGAGGCUAAGGUGAAAAUUGAACUUUGAGUCGUUUAAUCAUACUUAGAAGAAGUGAUUUAGAAAAACAUCUAACUAUAGAAAAUUGCGAUGAAAAAUUUCUUUAAAAAAUUUUAAGACUGCUAAAAAGCGACGACGUUUCGACGUUGCAGUUGAUAAUUUUACAGGAAUCACUUUGGGACAAGUUACAAAUCGUCAUCGUUAUCAAUUAUGCGCAGACUUCUUGAAAAUAGUUAGUACAACAGAAGUUAUGAAUUUUGUGAAAUAAAAUCAAGUCAAAAAAUAUUGCAGUUUGUAUAUACCUAAAUAAUUAAUCAGUAGCUUUUUAUCACCCAUUGUUAUUUUGGUAUAUAUAAACUGCAACUUACAAGCAACAGUAUGAUGCUGUCUUUUCUCUGUAUUUUAGGUGUUACCUCAUCCAUCUGGAAGUGGGGCAGUUUUUGUUGCAGAACAUCUUGAGAUGAAAAGCUUGAGAAAAUACCAGUCACAGCUAGGGACAGACCUUGCAAGGUUAAUGUUAAAUUUUUAUCCUUGAUUGAAAAUUUCAUUGCAGGAAUGUUCUCCUUGCUGCAAGAAUGCUAAUAAUAUUUUCUUUAAUAACUACUUGUUACAAAUCUUCUGAUAUAUAUGAAAUAAUCUUUGACACACCCUUUAGGCUUCAUCUGGACAAUAUAAACAAAUUACAAAAAGAAACAUCAGAGGAGAACAAGAUUGGAAAGUGUCAUAAUCCAAUGACGGUUGUAAAAUUUGGCUUCCCAUGCACCACUUGCUGUGGUUAUAUCGGUCAAGACAAUGAAUGGCAUAACAAUUGGGUGGUGAGUAUGACCAGUAAUGUACAACAUUUAGCAACUUUUCUUCAGUCAUAUUACUGACGAUACCUUGAGAUGAGCUUUUAAAAUACUCUUUCCCAUAGACUUUUUACACCAGAUGUCGCUUACAACUUCAGAUGGAUCUUAUUGACAAGCAGGUAAGUGAGGUUCAUGGUAUCAGCCAGCACAUCUCUCUACAACUGUUAAUGAAUGAAAAGAAAUGUGCUCACUGUCAUGAGUACAAGACAAGGAAUAGAUUUAAGUCACUUACCAGGAAUUUAGCCCCAGACUCUCAGAUCUUGGAUUCUGAGCCUUUACCUUGCCUAUAGAGAACUCAGUUGUGAGUUAAGCCACUAUUAGGCUCAUGAAAAAUCAACUACUCAUAACAGUUGUAAUAAAGGAGAGAUAAAAUGAAAUUAGACAUUUUUUUUCCUCCCAAUGUUCUGACUAAUAAUGCAGGAUCAGCUAUGCUUGCUACACAUGAACCUUACACGAAGGCUUAAGCUCACCAUAAAGUUUCUCUGUAUCUCAGUAGUAGAGCAAACGAGAGUGGAGGUCUAGGGCUCAAUACCUUGUGGGGGAUUCUUUUCUGUGUCCCAUGCCCCUGACAAAUAACUUUGUAACAGUUGCUAUGCACUGAUUAAGUAAUUAACUUUAAAUUGAGUUUGUUUUUUUUUUUAUUAUCAUGUUAUUAUCAUGCAGUACGGUGACACAGAAACCAGAUCCCUUUGGUCAAGACUUCAGCUCAAAAUACCUGAGUUUUUCAAAGGCAUGGACAUCAAACCUUCUCUACUCCACGGUGACCUCUGGAGUGGAAAUGCAGCAGAAACAGAGGAUGGUCCAGGUUAGCUUGUAUUUUCAGCUAAUUCUUAGGAAUAUUUUACUUAAAUUAUUAUUUAACAAUGCUAAAUGUAGUUUACAUAGGUGAGAUUUAACUCUUGGGAAUGCUAGCAAGCAUUUUUGGGUCCUUAAUAUGUGGGACAGUCUAAAGGCUUCACAAGGCCCAAGUAUUUCUUAUAGCAUUCUGUUAGGUGUCAAGCUAUAUUCAUUUGCUCAUGUUUCCUUCAAUGCACAGUGACUGACAGCCUUUGUCAUCCUGUUCCUCUCCUUCCUUGUCGGUGGGUACUGGUUAGGAUUGUUGAUAAAUUUCCCACUGAGAUCCUCAGUAUGACUCUGCCUGCCUGAUGAACUCACAGUGUUGCCAUGGCUACCUUAUACACACACACUUCCCAGUCACUUUUUCCACACUUAUGUAUUAGUUUACUCCACCCAAUUUUGUUCUAUAACUUCAACAACGUAUUAAUAUUUAUUAAUCUAAUUUAAUAUUCAAGUUGAUAUUUAUACAAUAUUUUUUUUAGUUAAGCAACUCACAUUGAUAAUGAUAAAAUAUUAUUGCUGACAAUGACAUUAUCUAUUAUUACUGUUGUAAAGUCCAGAACCCUUUGACCCCAAAGACUGACGAGUAUCUAAUUUUCCUUACAUUAUCACCCCUGAACCUCACAUUAAGGUUGCAAGAAUAACAGAAAUGAUCACAAACUUAAGAAGCUCUUUAUUGUUAAUAAAUUCUCCUUCUCUGCACCUCAGGAAAGAUAAGGAGAACAGUAUGGAGAAUAUGCAUACUGAUGUUAAGGUGUAAAGGGUUAAACAGAGAUUGAAGUGAGGCUACAUGAUUGGUCUGUUCUCUUGCAGUUGCAUUUGAUCCAGCAUCUUUCUAUGGUCAUCAUGAGUUUGAUUUAGCAAUAGCAGGAAUGUUUGGUGGUUUCUCCAAGGCCUUCUAUGAUGCAUAUCACAAACUGAUACCAAAAGUUUCAUCAUUUAAAAGGACUUUUGAACAAAGGCACCAGCUUUCUAUGUUUCGUUAUUUGUUUUGUUUUGUUUUGUUUUUUUUUUCAUCAAGGUGUGUAAAGUUUGUGGUGACAAUACAAAUAUAAAGAACAAGAGUGGUACCUGACAAGUCAUUAACAACAUUGAAAAAGCUCUGGGUAAUCUUCAAACUUUCCACUUUUACUUUGUGUUCUAACCAAAAUGCAUCCAUGACACAUUUACUCUUCAAUCCUUACAAUCUGUUUUUGCAUGGUUUUCAAGUUGGCUUUCAAUGACAACAAAAAGCAGUAAGAGGCUAGCUUGUGUCUCUCUGCUUCACCACCCAUGUCACAUGGUCAUUGGGAUUGGGUCCAAGAACUAGUCUCUAUGUAAGCUACCACACACUUGCAGUCCAUAAUUUAAUUCUCAUACUCAGAGUUUAAAUGGAGUUUAAAUUACCUGCAAAGGCAAGUUGAAUAUGUGUUUGGAAAAGGGGGGAGGGAUAGGGGUCAGGGUAUAUUGCCAAUGAAUACCAUUUAUUACCAUAAUGUGGAAAAGGGGGGAGGGGUGGGGGUAUAUUGCCAAUUGUUACCAUAAUGCAAUGUGGUCAUCUAAACCUUUUUACUUAAGAACAGUUGGAUAUCAUUAAUAAUGUGGAGUUGCUCAUUUUACAGGAAUCACUUUGGGACAAGUUACAAAUCAUCAUCUUUAUCAAUUAUGCACGGACUUCUUGGGACUAGUUAG